CGACCUAAUACGGCUGCAGUCUGGUGGAGGUUGAGGAGCCAAGAGAAGGCAGCAGGGGGAUAAACCGAGGCCACCAUUUGACAAAGCCUCCAUUACAUUCUUUCCUCCGGUCCAGCACAUUUGAACAGAAAUAGUGGAGAGUAAAUUCAAGUAAACGAAGUCACUUAUAAAUUGAAGAAAAUGACGAGGGGUCCUGUGACAGGACUAUUGGUGGCGCUGUGCAUAGGCACAGCGGUCCAUUGUCUGCCCAAGACUUCGGAACGAGCAAAAAGAACGACCCAGCAACAAGUUAUCCCCGAGAUGGAUGACCCGUCGACCGUUCCCCACUCCUCAUCCCAAUGCACGGAUAGCGGUCGUGUUUAUAGAUUAAACGACCAAUGGGAGCGGACAUAUCUGGGCAACACACUGCUCUGCACUUGUGAGGGUGCUGCAGGAAUUAAAUGCGUAUCCAAGCCCGCAGCCCAAUGCACGGAUAGCGGUCGUGUUUAUAGAUUAAACGACCAAUGGGAGCGGACAUAUCUGGGCAGCACACUGCUCUGCACUUGUGAAGGUGCUGCAGGAAUUAAAUGCAUAUCCAAGCCCGCAGCUGAAGAGACUUGUUAUGACAAAAUUAACAUGCGGACUUACCAAGUCGGAGAGACGUACGAGCGUCCCAAGGAUGGCAUGAUCUGGGACUGCACAUGUAUCGGUUCCGGAAGGGGCAAAAUCAGCUGCACAAUAGCCAACCGUUGCCAUGAAGGAGGGAACUCGUAUAAGAUUGGUGACACUUGGAGAAGGCCACACGACACUGGAAACUACAUGCUGGAGUGCGUUUGCCUCGGCAAUGGAAAGGGAGAAUGGACCUGCAAACCAGUGGCGGAACGUUGCUAUGACAAUGCUGCGGGAUCCUCCUAUGUGGUUGGUGAGACUUGGGAAAAACCUUACCAGGGCUGGAUGGUAGUGGACUGCACUUGCCUCGGAGAGGGCAACGGCCGCAUCACCUGCACUUCCAGAAACCGUUGCAAUGACCAGGACACAAAAACCUCCUACCGCAUCGGAGACACCUGGACCAAGACAGAUGCCCGUGGACACACCCUGCAGUGUCUGUGCACUGGAAAUGGCCGCGGCGAGUGGAAGUGUGAGAGGCACACCACUGGUCAAGCUACCGCUGGCGCAGUGACCCGAGUGGGCCCAGUCGUGUACCAGCCCAACGCCCUGCCUGAAGAUCCCAUCGAGGGCACAUGCACAUCCCAGUCGGGGGUCACCUACUCCGUGGGCAUGCGCUGGAUCAGGACCCAGGGCAGCAAGCAGAUGCUGUGCACGUGCCUGGGCAACGGAGUCAGCUGUGAGGAGUGGGAGGGUCAGUCUCAAGUGUACGGCGGGAACUCGGACGGUAAGCCCUGCGCCUUCCCCUUCGUGUUCAAUGGAAGGACCUACUACUCGUGCACCUCCGAGGGCCGCUCUGACGGUCAGCUGUGGUGCAGCACCUCCUCCGACUACGACACCGAUGCCCAGUACUCCUUCUGCACUGAGAAGACAGCUGUGGUGGCCACCCGCGGGGGUAACUCCAACGGCGCUCUCUGCCAGUUCCCCUUCAUCUACAACGGCCGAAACUACACCGACUGCACUGCGGACGGCCGCCGCGACGGCAUGAAGUGGUGCGGCACCACCACCAAUUACGACGGCGAGCAGAAGUUUGGGUUCUGUCCCAUGGCUGCCCACGAGGAGGUGUGCACCACCAGCGAUGGCAUCAUGUACCGCAUGGGCGACGAGUGGGACAAGCGCCACGACGUCCUGGGUCACAUGAUGCGCUGCACGUGUCUGGGCAAUGGCCGCGGUGAAUGGAGCUGCACGGCCUACUCUCAGCUCAGAGAUCAGUGCAUUGUUGACAGCAACACUUAUGACGUGAACCAGCAGUUCAGCAAGCGCCACAAUGAAGGUUACAUGAUGAACUGCACCUGCUUUGGCCAGGGGAGGGGCCGUUGGAAGUGCGAUGCCAUCGACCAGUGUCAGGAGCCUGAGACCAAAGUCUACUACCAGAUCGGAGACUCCUGGGACAAAGUCAUGCAUGGAGCUCGUUACAGGUGCUCCUGCCAUGGCAACGGCCUCGGAGAGCACGCCUGUGAACCUCUGCAGUCAGGUGGCCAGGGGCCAGUGAGGGUGAUCAUCACAGAGGCCGGCACGCAGCCCGACUCCCACCCCAUCCAGUGGAACCCACCCCCCUCAGCACACAUCAUCCAGUACAUCCUCAAGUGGAGAGUGAAAAACACCCACAGGCCAUGGAGGGAGGCUAAGAUCCCCGGACACCUGAACUCGUACACCAUCUCUGGCCUGAAGCCCGGCCUCACCUACGAGGGUCAGCUCCUCAGCAUCCUGCGGCAGGGAGGCCGCGAGGUCACCCGCUUCGACUUCACCACCACCUACGGCACCUUGAACACGGCUGAGGGAGAGACCAGACAACCAACCUCUCCAGAUGUGGUGGACAUCUCGGAGUCCGUGACUGAGAUCACCUCCAACAGCUUCGUCAUCUCCUGGGUCUCUGCCUCCGACACCAUCUCUGGCUUCAGGGUGGAGUAUGAGCUCACGGAGGACGGCUCCACACCCAUGACUCUCGACCUCCCCAACACACAGAACUCAGUGACCAUCAACGACCUCCUGCCUGGUCGCCGUUACAACGUGCGUGUGCAUGAGAUCUCGCCCGGGGGUGAACCCACUCUCAUCCUCACCACCACCCAGACCACCGCUCCUGAUGCCCCAGCUGAGCACUCUAUCAAUGACGUUGGAGAGACGGCCAUUGUCAUCAGCUGGACCAAGCCCCAAGCUCCUAUCACUGGUUACCGUGUGGUCUACAAACCAUCCAUUGAGGGAUUCACACCAUCCACUGAGCUCACCCUUCCCGACGACGCUACCAGGGUGACCCUGGGUGACCUUUUGCCCGGUGUGCUGUACAACAUCAGCAUCUAUGCUGUCGAGGACGACAUGGAGAGCGAGCCUGUGUUCGUUCAGGUGACCACUGCUGGAGAGCCCACUUCUGAGGAAGUGCAGGCUCCCACAGACCUCCAGUUCUUUGACGUGUCUGACAUGAAGAUCUCCAUCACAUGGACGGGUCCCCCGACCGAGGUGUCCGGAUACCGCGUGGCCUUUACCCCUGUUAGCCCUGACGGCACUACCCAGAGGCCUCUGCAGUUGCCCGUUACCCACAAUGCUUAUGCCGAGAUCACUCACCUGCAGCCCGGCACGAUCUAUCGCUUCUUCAUCUACACCAUCAAUGGAGGAGUGGAGAGCCAGCCACUGGUUGGAGAGCAGGCCACAAAGCCUGAUUCCCCCACCAGCCUGCGCUUCGACGACAUCACCGAGAAGAGUGCCCUGCUCAUCUGGUCCGCCCCACGUGCCACCGUCACGGGCUACCGGCUCUUCCUGACCAUCGAGGGCUCCAGCCCCAAGCAGCAGCGCAUCCCCAGCGACGUGACCCAGUACCGGCUGUCCAACCUGAAGCCCGACACCGACUACACGGUGCGCCUGCACUCGGAGCAGGGCAACACUCUCAGCGAGGGCGUGGAGAGCAUCUUCAGCACCACCCAAGCCAUGGGUAACGCCCCCCGCUUCAACACUGAUGUCACCGACACCUCCAUCAUCAUCACUUGGACUCCCAAGCCCCGGUUCAGUUACAGGCUGUCAGUGAGGCCGAGCCUGGGCGGAGAGGCUCCCAGAGAUGUGACCUCUGACAUUGGCAGCAUCAUCAUCUCUGGCCUGACCCCAGGGACUGAGUACAUCACCAGUGUCCAGCCCAUUGUCAACAGCCGCAACCACGGCAAUCCAAUCACCAGCAAAGUGACCACCCCUCUAUCGCCACCAACUGACCUCAACCUGGUUUCAAACCCAGACAAUGGCGACCUCACUGUGAAGUGGGUUGCCUCCAAAACACCUGACCUCACCGGCUACCGAGUGACGUGCAACCCGACCAACGGGCAGCGUGGGAACACUCUGGAGGAGAACGUGAGGCCUGAUCAGAACUCCUGCGUCCUGGAGAACCUGAGCCCAGGGGUGGAGUACAACGUGAGCGUCUUCGCCAUCAAAGACCAGAUGGAGAGCGAGCCUGUCUCCACCACCGUCACCCAAGAUGUACCCCAGCUAAGUGAUGUGAACUUCGUCAAUGUCACUGACACCACUAUCGGACUGAGGUGGACCCCUCUUAACCUGCCGACCGUAACGGGCUAUCACAUUAAGGUGACGGCGUCCGGCGAGAGCGUGCCCCUUCUUGAGGACAUGCUCGAGCCGACCGCCGACUAUUACACGGUGCACGGCCUGGAACCGGGCAUUGACUAUGACAUCAGCAUUACCGCGGUAACGGAGGGAGGAGAGGGCGAACCGUCAACCAUCACCCAGCAAACAAGGCCCAGAACUGCUGUCCCUGCACCCACAAACCUGCAUUUCGACGAGGUCGGAGCAGACACAAUGCGAGUGUCCUGGAACAUCCCCAGAUCCACUGAUAUCUCUCGCUCGGUCAUCCGCUACCAGCCCAUCGAGGACAGCAACGUCCAGGAGGUCAACGUUGGGAGGACCACGGAAUCCUUUGUCCUGCAGAACCUGCAGCCAAACACCGAGUACAUGGUGAGCGUGGUGUGUGUGUAUGACGACCAUGAGAGCCAACCCGUCAGGGGCACCCAGAGAACAAUCCUGGACUCUCCCACUAACCUGGACUUCUCCGAGAUCUCCUCCAACGCUUUCACCGUCCACUGGACCGCUCCCCUGGCUCGCAUCAAUGGCUACCGCCUGCGCUACCAGCCCACCAACGGCGGCCGUGCGAAGGACGAGCGCCUGCCCCCCACCAGGACCCAGUUCACCCUCACCAACCUCCAGCCAGAGACCGAGUACGACAUACACAUCUACGCCAUCAGCGGCCGCGAUGAGAGCCGACCCCUGCAAGGACGCCAAGCCACCGUCACCGAGGCCCCCACCAAUCUUGAGGUGACCGGCUCCACCCCCAACAGCAUCACCAUCAGCUGGGACCACCCCCCAGUGACCGUGCGCUACUACAGAAUCACACAUGGAGAGUCAGGCGAGAGCCCUGCAAAGGAAUUCACUGUCCCCGGAACUGAGUCCACGGCCACCAUUGAGAACCUGCGUCCCAACACCGAGUACACCAUCACUGUGUAUGCGGUCACUGGCCGAGGGGACAGCCCUGCCUCCAGCACCCCCAUCUACGUCACCCAUAGGACUGACACCCCCGGCGGACGCCCCUACGUCCCAUCUCCAUCCUCCAUGGACGUGACUGACGUGCAGGACAAUGCCAUCACUGUGCGCUGGAGCCCCGCCAAGGGCCCCAUCACCGGCUACCGUGUCACUGGCGCUCCCAAGAACGGAGACGGACCCUCCUUCUCUGAGGUUGUUGGGCCUGAGAGGACUGAGCUGACUCUUACAGGCCUGUCACCCACUGUAGAGUAUGUGGUUAGUGUGUAUGCCAUUGGCAAGGGUGGAGAGAGCCCCCCAGUGGUGGAAAACGCUGUUACAGGAGGCAGUGGUGACCACCCUACCGACCUUUCCUUCACCGACGUGCAGACGACCGCUCUGCGCGUGACAUGGGACGCUCCCUCAGAGCGUGUGACCUCUUACAGGGUUCUGUACACCAAUCCAGAGGAGGGCGAACGUGAGCUGUAUCCAGCACCUCGUGGCACCGACACCAGCGCCGUGAUCCCCAACCUCCGGCCCAACACUGAGUACACCAUCCAGGUCAUCCCCGUGCAGGGACGCACACCUCUGACCACACUGCUGGGCAAGCAGGCCACCAAAGGCCUAACAGCCAGCAGCGGUGACCGCCCUACUGACCUCUCUUUCACCGAUGUGGACACGACCUCUCUGCGCGUGACAUGGGACGCUCCCUCAGAGCGUGUGACUUACUACAGGGUUCUGUACACGAGCCCAGAGGAGGGCGAACGUGAGCUGUACCCAGCACCUCGUGGCACCGACACCAGCGCCGUGAUCCCCAACCUCCGGCCCAACACUGAGUACACCAUCCAGGUCAUCCCCGUACAGGGACGCACACCUCUGCCCAAACUGGUUGGUCAGCAGGCAACAAGAGGCCCCACAGCUGGCAGCGGUGACCGCCCUACUGACCUCUCUUUCACCGAUGUGGACACGACCUCUCUCCGCGUGACAUGGGACACUCCCUCAGAGCGUGUGACUUACUACAGGGUUCUGUACACGAGCCCAGAGGAGGGCGAACGUGAGCUGUACCCAGCACCUCGUGGGACCGACACCAGCGCCGUGAUCCCCAACCUCCGGCCCAACACUGAGUACACCAUCCAGGUCAUCCCCGUACAGGGACGCACACCUCUGCCCAAACUGGUUGGUCAGCAGGCAACAAGAGGCCCCACAGCUGGCAGCGGUGACCGCCCUACCGACCUCUCUUUCACCGACGUAGACACAAACUCCCUCCAUGUGACAUGGGACGCUCCCUCAGAGCGUGUGACUUACUACAGGGUUCUGUACACGAGCCCAGAGGAGGGCGAACGUGAGCUGUACCCAGCACCUCGUGGCACCGACACCAGCGCCGUGAUCCCCAACCUCCGGCCCAACACUGAGUACACCAUCCAGGUCAUCCCCGUACAGGGACGCACACCUCUGCCCAAACUGGUUGGUCAGCAGGCAACAAGAGGCCCCACAGCUGGCAGCGGUGACCGCCCUACUGACCUCUCUUUCACUGACGUGGACACAAACUCCCUCCAUGUGACAUGGGACGCUCCCUCAGAGCGUGUGACUUACUACAGGGUUCUGUACACGAGCCCAGAGGAGGGCGAACGUGAGCUGUACCCAGCACCUCGUGGCACCGACACCAGCGCCGUGAUCCCCAACCUCCGGCCCAACACUGAGUACACCAUCCAGGUCAUCCCCGUGCAGGGACGCACACCUCUGCCCAAACUGGUUGGUCAGCAGGCAACAAGAGGCCCCACAGCCACACAGCCUGGGACAGUCCCUGCACCCACAAACAUCCAGUUCACUGAGGUGGGCCCUACCUACUUCACCAUCACCUGGAUCUCCCCCAACUUCAGGCUAACCGGCUACCGCGUGGUGGUCAGCCCCAAGAACAACCAGGCCCCGUCCAAGGAGCUCAAUGUGGCCCCUGACUCCAGUCGCGUCACCGUGCCAGGACUCAUGCUUGCCACCCCCUACAUCGUGUACGUGUACGCCCUGAGAGACUCAUCGGCCAGUCCACCCCUGACUGGAGAGAUCACCACCACUGACAGCUCCUCAGACCUUAGCCCACCCCGCCGCGUGAGGCUGUCCGAUUUGAUGGAGUCCUCCGUCACACUCACCUGGAGGACCAAGGUUGAGCCUAUCACCGGCUUCCUCAUUGAGGCCAUCCCUGAUGACCGCAGAUACCCCACCAUCAGCAAGACCAUCCCCGAGGAGGCCAGAACGUUCAUCCUCACAGGGCUUCAGCCUGGCACCUUCUACACCAUCAACAUGUACACCCUGAACGGAAACUCCCGGAGCCCUGCCUUCACCCUCACUGUGACCACACCUGCUCCAGCAGUUAAUGCUCCAACGGACCUCCAGUUCACCUCCAUCACCCCCUCCUCCAUCUCCUUCUCCUGGCGCCCCCCGACCACACGCAUCACAGGAUACUAUGUCACCUAUGAGGAGUCUGGAGGCAGGCCCCGUGAGCUCACCCCCAGACCACAUGCUGGCCAGAACUAUGCCACCAUCACUGGGUUGAAACCACGCACUGAGUACAUCAUCAAGAUAAUCGCCCUCUCGAAUGGACAGAGAAGCACACCGCUGAUAGGCACGGCCACAACUCAAUUUGGCUCGCUUCCGCUGCCACCGCCACCCUCGCGCCCUGGCUCCGAAGACCGACUGGACGUGCCACACAUCAUCGACGACAACACCGUUAGUGUACCAGCGGUAGUGGGGACAGGCGGCCAGGACACCUUAGGGGGCCAGGGCCAGAAUGUCGAGUACACUGAGUACAACAACCGGCCCAACCAGCCCAACCAGCCAAACCUGCCCCACCGGCCCCAGGUGCCCCAGAGGCCCCAUUACCCACUGGUCUACAUCCCAAAACCGGGGCCCGACGGGAACAGGGUGCCGGUGGUGCAGGUGAGUGAAGACCUUCCCGGGCACGGGCUUCCUUAUGGUUUUCCAGAGAACGACACGGGAAGUCCUCAGGAGGCACAGACGCAGACCGUCAUCACCUGGCAGCCACUGCCACAGAGCACCGCCUACGAGGUCCACUGCGAGCCACUCACCCACCGCAACGAGAGGACCUUCCAGAUGCGUCUUCCAGGCACGUCCACUAGCGCUACCCUGAUUGGCCUGACCUCUGGGGCUUCCUACAACGUCAUCGUUGAGGCUCUGAAGGAUGCUCUUAAGCACAAGGUGUUUGAAGAGGUCGUCACCGCAGGCAACACUGUCUCCGAAGGACAGCCUGAAGGACUCCCGGCCAAUGGGGAUUCCUGCUACGACACCUUCACAGCCACCUACCACAACGUGGGUGAGGAGUGGGAGCGCAUGUCUGAGACCGGCUUCAAGCUGUGGUGCAGAUGCCUAGGACUGGGCAGCGGCCACUUCAGAUGUGACUCUUCCAAAUGGUGCCAUGACAACGGCAACAACUACCGAAUUGGCGAGAGGUGGGAUAGGCAGGCUGAGAAUGGUCACAUGAUGAGCUGCACCUGUUUGGGCAAUGGCAAGGGAGAGUUCAAGUGUGAACCACAUGAGUCUACCUGCUAUGAUGAUGGGAAAAUGUACCAUGUGGGCAACCAGUGGCAGAAAGAAUAUCUUGGAGCCAUCUGCACUUGCACAUGCUAUGGUGGGCAGCAGGGAUGGCGCUGUGAGAACUGCAGAAGGCCAGGAGGUGAUGGCGGUCCCCAAGUCCACCCUGUUCGCGUAAACACCUACACCAACCAAGGAGACACAACCUUCCGCAGAGUGAUGAAAGCGCUGCUACCUACAGGUUCAAGAACAUUCAGUGCCCCAUUGAGUGCCUCCGGCCUGACCUCCUCGCUGACGCGAUCUCUCCAACCAACCCCAACGAGUGAGCGCCCGUGCCUGAAGCGAUGCAUCGCCAUCCCUCUGCGUCCAAAGACCCGCCGUUUUCAGCGGGCCACCCGGCGGACAUCUUCCACCGAAUCCAGACGUGACGAAUGAGAUUGUAUUAACACACAUUAGUGCCUUAACACCCUACCCUCCCAAAUAGUUUUGUUCCCCCACUGCAUCGCUUUUUCGGCUUUAUCACACCGACAGUUAACGUCACGCUAACGCUAGCCCAUCCUCCCCACCCCACUCACUCCUAUAAUGCCCUCUUCAUGAUUAGGUCGGCAGUUGGGAUUCUUUUUUGUCUUCAGUGUGUUAAAUGUUUGGAUAUCUGUUGUUGCGAUUCUCUCAGAAAUGUAUUGAGACACUUUAUAAGAGAAAACAAAGAAUAACACAUUCCUGUUCCAUGUUGAAGCCCUGGCGACCAUUACUGGUGUGGGCAUCUUGUCACGUCAAAAGGGAUAUUCAAAUGUCCAAGCCAAUUUGCAUCUCUACUGAUUAUAUUUUAUCAGUAAUAACUUCCCAGUAUUAGUGCCAUACAUUGGUAACAAAGUAUUUUUGUACUUUUUUUUUUUAAAAGAAAUUACUGAAAAGUUACUCAUCAGAAAUGGAGCACUGUUUGAGAAUGUGUUGGAGUACCAGUCAUGGUACAUUGAGGUUCGGUCCAUAUCGCAGUUUGUGUUAUGUUUGAUGUUUUUUUUUCUUUUUCUUUUGUGGCCCUCCAUUGUAAAAGAUGUGGCCAGCACUGUUUUCGAAUGACAAUGACACUUACUGAUAAUGAUUGAUUUGUUUGUAAUUUUUCUAACUUUUUGUUUAUUACUUUAAUUUAUCCCUAAAUUCUUCUAAAGUGUUGAAAGGUUAGAACUGGGAUGUAAAGAUAGAUUUUUGUACUGUAAGUGCCAAAGGUCUUCACUACUGUCUAAUUUCCCUUUUUGGAUAAAAAUGUACAAAGAACCUCAAA